UCAUUUUUGAACGCGGAAGAAUGGCGCUCCAGAGCUAACAUGUGGAUGCCGACGCGGGACGGUGAGGUGGGCCUCUAUGUCUGACUAAUUUAAAAACUAUUGGACAACCAAUACCUUCAAAGUGAGAAUACGAUGUUGAGCGACACGGAAGCAAAAGAGCUGCUCUCUUUCCUGACUUUGGAAACUCGUCCGGAUGUGAAGGGGCAGGCCACGGAGUACAUUCUCGGUCUCACUGCUACCGGAGAUGGCUGCAGAUACCUGCGCGGCAAGCCGGACUUCAUCAGAGCUCUGCUGACUCUCACUGGCGACCUUUCGGUUGCGAUCGUCAAAGACUGCUAUCACGCCCUCAUCAACCUCUCCGCGGACGAGACCCUGCACCGGGUCCUUGUGAAAGAUGCCGACGUCCUGCCCGUUUUGUUUCGCAAUCUCCUCGACCCGGCUUACGUGUUCGCGGAUCGGAUCUGCACCGUUCUCACCAACCUGUCGCGCCAUGAGAAGACCUGCAAGGAUGUCUUCCGGGUUCUCCAGCAGGAGCAGAUAGGCUUGGCUAAGAUAGUCGAGAUUCUGUGCACAGAGGACUACAACAAGAAGGCCUCCCUCCACUAUCUCGGGCCCCUCCUCUCCAACCUGACACAGCUACCCGAGACCAGACAGUUUAUCCUGGACAGAGAAAGGUGUGUGGUUCAGCGACUCCUCCCUUACACACAGUAUGAAGCUUCUACAGUCAGACGUGGUGGAGUUGUUGGAACUCUGAGAAACUGCUGCUUUGACUAUGCUCACCAUGAGUGGUUGCUGAGUGAUGCGGUGGACAUCCUGCCGUUCCUGUUGCUACCCCUGGCUGGACCAGAGGAACUGUCAGAGGAGGAGAAUGAAGGACUGCCGGUGGACCUGCAGUAUCUUCCCGAAGACAAGAAGAGGGAGGAAGACCCUGACAUUCGCAAAAUGCUUAUUGAGACACUGCUCUUGUUGACAGCCACCAAGGUUGGCCGUCAGAUUUUGAAGAGCAAGAACGUGUACCCCAUCAUGAGAGAGUUUCACAAAUGGGAGAAGGAGCCCCAGGUCAUUUCCGCCUGUGAGAAACUUGUGCAGGUCCUGAUAAGUGACGAGCCCGAAGCGGGAAUGGAAAAUCUGAUGGAGGUGGACAUCCCCGAGGAUGUGGAGCUGAAGUUCAGAGACAUGGAUGCCAAGGAAGAGGAGCAAAUUGAGAAGGAGAAGAAGGAACUGACGAGAGCUGAAGCUGAGACAAACGAUCCGGAAGCUCCAAGCUCAUAGCGCAUCGAAGAGCGUUACCUGCCGCGAUGUGACUGGAAAUUCCGUGUCACGAUUUGCAGCUUCAUCUUACGAGAGUCGGAAGAGUUCUGCGCAACAGAUUGAUAUGUGUCACGAAAAAAGGAACUGUGAAGGAAAGGAGUGCAUGCAAUAUACUACCAAGGACCAUAAACCCAGAUGCAGUUUGGAUAGUAAAUGAAAUGUUUUAUAGGAGUAUAGCUCGUCUUUGCAUUUUUGUGUUCAGCAUGUGGCCUUACUAAAUCCUGUGGAUGCUGUGUCCAGACCUCCUUGGUGAGCAGGAGGAGGAUGAUGGUAGAUGUGCAGAAUCAGCGAGGUUGCAGUUAUUAUUCAGUAUGUGGUGGUAGCGACACAGGGGAUAUACAGAGUCCUCAGAUCCUUGGUUGAUUUUAAACCAGUUCUUUAGCGUCUGUUACCUUCAUCUACAUAUUGUACCUUCAUGUACAGCCGUACCCCUUCCGCUGCCAGCCAGGUUAACAUUUACAUGGCAUUCAAGCAUUUGGUAGAUGCUUUUUUUCAGUCUCGCAACGCUGUAAAAAGUGCAUUCUGUAACAGAAUUGGAUGCAAACAAGUGAUUACUGAAGCACAGCUUGUCACCACCAUGUUGUCACCCGUAUUUUGAUAGCUACCCAAAGAAGUGAGAUAAAAGUACAGAAACAGGUAGAAGAAGGAAACAUGGCGAAGAAGUAACUUGCAAAGGUUUCAGGGUCUCAGGAGAGAGAAGGAUUUCAAAUAUGUUUUGAAAGCCUUCUUGAACGCUGGAUGGGAUUUAGCAGUUCCGAGGGACAUUUCUACUCGAGGGCACGCGAAGAAAGCCCCUCUGAAAGGAACGCAAACUCAUGCAUUGUAUGUUUUGUUGGCUUUCUUCGAAGAGCUUGCUACGUCAGGAGCAGACGGAGUUGUGUAGAAUUAUGAACUAAAUAUCAGUGGCUGAUACGCAAAAGCUGCCGCUUCUCCGUUUAUUUAUCGUUCCUGCUCCAGCAGUUUUCAGAGGAGAACGUCAUGGGUGUGUUGAGUGACCUCCGAAGGUCCGCAGGAACGCAGCCACUGUGGAAGCAGGUUAGAAGAGCCAGAUGAAACACCGACUAAAGACUGUCUGCUGUCACUGCAUGAACCAUAACUACACAUUUCAAACAGGCUGAAUCUGGCAGCCGCUGAAAGCAUCUGCAGAACAGUAACGCUGUGUGACUAAACCUUUACAAUAGGCUUUUAUGACUGCACAGCCCUCUUCUGAAACUUUUCGGAGACUACACGCCACCUGAUAGUCAUAUAUCAUAGAUCGCGAGGUCUUCAGGACAGCCGUUUUUCUUCUCCCAGGCAUAUUUGUACAUGGAGUGUAAUUAGGGUGUGCUGGCAGUGGGGUUAAGCCCUAAGGACCUGUGUUAGGAUCUGUCUCGUGUUUGGGAAAGUGUUGACUCAGCUGAACUCGGCGCGCACCGCACCGCAGCGUUCCGGUCCGCAGGGACUAAAACGGCAGAUCCCCUUCAUGCACGCAGCUUUCGCUUUUCAAUGGGAAAUAAACUAGAC